UGUGUUGGAGAUAGUGGUAUAUAUAUAUAGAUGGGGAUGCAAUUUCCUAUUUUUUUAUUUCCCUUUUCUGUGAACAAAAUGUGCAAUACAAUGCACUUUCCAAACUGAAAGGCAGCAAUACACAACGAAGCGGCUGUCUGCCAGAAAACCAGACGAAGAAGAAGUAGUGAGACAACUAGAUCAAAGGAGACUGCCAAGUUGCGGAAGUGCGCGCUCUGUCUGCAGAGAAUGACACCUUGAAAUGCAUUAGGACCUUGAAGAAACUGGCGUAUUACUUAAUUAUGAGCGCAGCCGGUAUCGACCAAUAACAUGAGUUGGUGUUGUGCUAAUGAAAAAUAUCUGUUCCACUGAACUGACGCCGUUUCGAUUUCAGUAGUUACCAGCGUUGUCCUGAACGAGACCAAUCGGUAUUUCCAUGCGUCUGGAUUGGUCGGCUGGCGCGUUUCUCGAGUUAUGGGCGCAUUACAGUCAUUAUCUGAUGAACCCGGAUACAGAGAAUUGGCAGAGAAGACGGGUUCCUGACUCAGCCUCACCACUGAGCGCCACAUCGCUAUCUGUCUCAGUAGGCUACUCUCUGUGAAGCAAAGCUAUUAUGACAACUCAGUAGCCUAUUUUCUGCUCCUGCUGAGUUUCCUUAGAGCAAAUUGGAAUCCUGCACAAAAGAUUCAAGCAGUUGUGCCACAAUGAAGACAUGCUGAGGAGAGCUGACCUCGACACAAUUCCAGACCUGGCAUGCAAUCCAAUCCGCACCCAAAUUAUAGAGGCCUUCUUUGACAAAAGAAACUUCCAUCAGAAUGGUGACGGGACGGUCGAGGAGAUCAGCUUUGAGGAGUUCCUUGUGGUGAUGUCCCACUUCAGACCUCCAGCACUGAACAUGACAGAGGAACAGAGAGAGAAGGUCAGGAGGGAGAAACUCCGCUUCCUGUUUAAUAUGCACGACACAGACAACGAUGGAACAAUCACUCUGGAGGAGUAUCGACAUGUAGUGGAGGAGCUGCUGUCUCGGAGCGGAGCCCUGGGAAAGGAAACGGCUAAAGGAAUAGCAGAUGCUGCCAUGCUGGAGGUAGCCAGUAUUUCCAUGGGUCACAUGGAACCAGAUGAGUUUUACGAGGGGAUCACUUUUGAACAUUUCCUGAAGAUACUGAAAGAUAUCGAGAUCGAGACGAGAAUGAACAUUCGCUUUUUGAAUAUGGACACGACGACUCUGUGCAAGUGAGGAUCUUCCACUUUUUUUUAUUACGAUGAUGCACAAGCACUCUUCUAUGGUCUUUUUUAUUUAGUGGCCAGUUAGGGCAUACUUUACCUUCUCUGACCAACUAUUACAAAGCUCUGUUUAAUAGUUUUGGGUGACGGUUUAAGCUUCUACUAUCUAGUAGCCUCUAACACACACUUUAUGUUUUUACAAAUGUAUUGGAUAAAAAAAUAUAUAUGUGCAACUAUGCAAAUAUACACAGGUUAGCAGUAGGUAUGUUAUGAAUUUAGCAUGCCUGUAUCUAUCACUCCAUAUUUUAUUCAAGAGUAUUCACAAUGCUCUAAAUGCCAUGAAUCAAUAAUAAAUUCAAUAAUAAUGCAACAAUCCAGUAAUAACAAUGUAAUAAGCCAGUAAUAAAGUGAUAGCCAAUUGUGCAGCUCCAUGAUUGAAGUGAAUGCAAUUUACCUCCUAGUAUAUCUAGGGCACUGUGUGGAAUAGACUACAAACAUUUGCACGUCUCUUCUAUACCACCAUCACACCUAAACUGUUUUGCUGCCAAUGCCAUCAGUUUGGAAUCAAAACAGGUUAGAAUAUCCAUGUACAUUAAGAAGUCACUGACCAAUAGAAACAAAGUACAACUGACCAGCCUAGCAGUAUAGCAUACUGCACAUUUCCUAUGGCAAGACCCUCCUCAUAUUGAGAUAGUAGUUUCAAGUAAAAUGUGCGUCAGACUUGUGCAAAUGUUUUAAGAAUCAAGCCCACAUUACCAAGCAUUUGUUGACUGUUAGAAAUAGGAACAAUGAUAUGCAACUUGUCUGUGCUGCCCUCUAGAGACCAAAGAAUGUGAAAUAUCUCAUUCCCACAUUUAAUCAUCUCUAUACUACCUAUUUUGUUUUUUUAAAUUUGUACAAUUGUGUGACUUCCAUCAAGAUACAUAUUUGAUUAUUGUUCUUCAUCUACACUUAAAUGACUAAAGCACAGGAGGUUGGUGGCACUUCAUUCUAAUGACUGGAGUGAACAGUUGGAAUGACAUCAAACACAUGGUUUCCAGGUGUCUGAUGUCAUUCCAUUUGCUCCAUUCCUGACAUUUAUUAUGAGCCGUUCUCCCCUCAGAAGCCUCCUGUGGACUAAAUGGCAUGCAUUCAUUGAAUUAAUUUGGCCUUAAAAUACAUUUUAUCUGCAACUGAUUAAGUAGGCACCAGCAAAUACUGCAGCCUGCCGAUAACUUGAUUGCAUCUACAGAUUGUAGCAUGUCUUGGUCUUUGAAUAUCCAUACACACUGUAUAUUUGUACUGUAAAAUACAAUAUUUUCAUUCCGAUUUGGGAUGUUAUUGUAGCAAGGAAUAAUGUAAAUGGUGUGGCCUUCUCUUUUUAUUGAGAACAUUAAAAUAGGAAACCGCUCACCAAAAGUGAAUAAUGUUUGAAUGAUUAUGUACUGUAGGAAUUGGAUUGUGUUUAGUUUGCUUUUAAGAAAAUAAUUGUAUUAUCAGACAGCCUUGGAGAGGGAUCUAUAAUGAAACUUGAAUCUGCUUUGAGCUUAAUCAAAUCAAGUGGGGGCAGCACAUAGCCUAGGGGUUAGAGGCGUGAGCCAGCAACCGGAGGGUUGUGUGUGUGUGUGUGUGUGUGUGUGUGUGUGUGUGUGUGUGUGUGUGUGUGUGUGUGUGUGUGUGUGUGUGUGUGUGUGUGUGUGUGUGUGUGUGUGUGUGUGUGUGUGUGUGUGUGUUUCCGCUUUGGGCUGAAUGUGUCAGUGUUUUGUUCAUAUGAAAUCCCUAGUUUGAAAUCAACUGUUUUUCUGGAAGCUAUAUAUAUAUAUAUAUAUAUAUAUUAGUUGGACCUUGUUUGCAAUUGACCAAUAAAGUGAUCUUAAUCAAA